AUGGUUGGGACGCGCGGUAGCGCGCCGCAUGAGGAUGUCGCAGCGCUGCCGGAAGCUGAGCGCGGCACGAAGCACUUCCGGGUCAUAUGGCCUGAAUUCAAGAAGCUAGGAUGGACCUCCAAGCCGCCCCCUUCUCGCUGGAUUGAAACGCGAUGGAAGUACAUCUUGCCUGGGGGUAAUGCUAACGGCACUGUUGGGAUCGACUACGUCCUCGGAGAGCAAGCUGUGGUGGACCACGCUACAGAAAUGGUCCGGCAGCAAGCUAUUGACCGAGGCGCCACAGCAGCUACCGAAGCCGCCAAAAAAACUCCAGCAGAACGCCCUUCGAGAUCGUCGCCCAAGUCACCCGUGCGGACGACUGGAUCCCAGUCUACAACUUCUGAUACCCCUGCAGAUACGACUCCAAGUGUGCCUAUUGCUCGUGCUUCCGAGGCAUGUACACAACAAGCCCAUACGCCGCCAACUUCCCAGUCUCCAGACGAAUCUAACGUACACCAAUCUUCUACCACUGCUACCACUACCGAGGUGGCACUCACGAAGACGACGAUGAAAAAGAAGAAAAGAAAUCCCACGAGCGCGGGUGCCAAGGAACCGGAGAUAGCAGAUUCAUUAGUUUGCGACGAGGAAAGCAAAGCUAGUCCAGACAUCACUGAACUGAUUGAUUUAUCCGGAAAUGAUGCGGAUGAUGCGAAUACGUAUCACGACGACGAGCGCAACUACCAAGUACUGGAUUCGGGUGAUGAAUCCGAGGAAGGUGACCUGAAUGAUCUGGACAAGAGUGACUCCGAAGCAUCUGUGUCGGACACUAUUGAUGAGGAUGAUGACGAUGUCUUCUCAACCGAAGAACGCCACUUUGCAAAUCAUUUUUUGGAAAAAAUGGGUGGUGAAGACAAGGUUCUUGCUGGUGAAAUUCUCGGUCCUGCCUUGAAGGAAGUAGCAACUACUGGAUGGCAUGAAUGGGAAAGUCCUGACGUGGAAGAAUUUCUACAGACGCCGUACACUCCGGUUUCAGAUGGUGAUGUAUAUCCUGAUCUCCUGAAAGCUCAACACGGAUCCACCGAAGCGGCGCUCAAUAGGGGUGGUUCACCAAUAGCUCUAUUUUUCCUCUUCAUGCCGGUGUCGAUGUGGCCGCAUAUCUCCGAGUGCAGUAAUUUCUACAUGCAUGAGCAGCUUGACAAGAGGGUGGACGAGUAUUUUCAAAAAAAAGGAAGCUUUGGAACGCCGCGCCAGGGCAGCGGGGAAAGUUGUGACGCCAACCAAGAAGACGAAGACUCGCCGUGA